AAACCCUACUCGCAACAAACAAGCAGCGAGAGAGCUCGAGAUCCGAAUCAUGGGGAAGCUGCCUCCUUCCCUGCGCUCUGCCAAAUUACCCCUCCCCUUCCACAAACCUCCCCCUUCCCCUUCCCCUCCGUCACCUUCUACUCCUCUUUCCCAGUCUCCAUCCCCGCCCGAACGUUCCGUCUUCUUCAGGUCUCCCCUCAAGAAACCCAAGAAGCCCUCCAAAACCCCCAGGGGAACCCUCAACCCCUCUCCCCCGCCCCCACAGCAGCAUGUCUUCCGGUCCCCCCUCCUUUCCGACGCCAUCUCCACCUUCGACGCCCUCGCUGCCUCCUCCCCUUCCUCACUCGACCCCACCUCCCUCCUCCAGUCCUUCUGCAACGCCGGCGCCUCCCCCGCCGACGCCCUCUCCUUCCACCGCCACAUCUCCCCCUCCCUCGCCCCUGGCCGCGCCGCCUUCCACGUCCUUCUCGGCCACUCCUGCCUCCACCACUCCGCCCCCGACCCGGCCUCCGUCCUCGACCUCAUGUCCGACAAUGGAUCGCCCCCGGACGCUGCCUCCGCUGACCUCGCCGUCCGUGCCCUCUGCUCCGCCGACCGCCUCGAUGAUGCCUGCGUUCUCCUCCGCGACCGCCUUGCCUCCGCCGCCGACCGGUUCACCUACAACUUCCUCGUCCGCCGCUUCGCCCGCUUCCGCCCCAUCUCCACCGUCUACGCACUCAUCAAAGAACUCCGCGGCGUUGGACUUCAGCCCGACGUCGUCACCUAUACCAACCUCAUCGACGCUGUCUGCCGCGGCCGGAACCUCCGCGAGGCAACGCGGCUCCUCGGCAUGCUCGCCGACGCUGGCUUCAAACCGGACUGUUACGUGUACAACGUCAUCAUGAAGGGCUACUGCAUGGUGGAUCAGUACGGGGAGGUGAUGGAGGUCUACAACAGGAUGAAGGACGAGGGCAUCGAGCCUGACCUAGUGACCUAUAACACCCUCGUGUAUGGGCUUUCCAAGGCUGGGAUGCUCACACAGGCAAAGAAGUUCUUGAAUGUGAUGGCAGACAUGGGGCAUUUCCCAGACGUGGUCACGUACACCUCGCUCAUGGGCGGGAUGUGCAGGAAAGGAGAUGCCCUGGGGGCGCUCAAGCUUCUGGAGGAGAUGGAGGAGAAGGGGUGCAACCCGAAUGAGUGCACCUACAACACGUUGCUUAUGGGGCUUUGCAAGGCUAAGUGUUUGGACAAGGGGAUGCAGCUGUAUCAGGAGAUGAUUGCUAAGGCUAUGAAGCUGGAGAAUGCAACCUAUGCAACGUUUGUGAGGGCACUGUGUCGUGCGAACAAGAUUGCAGAGGCGUAUGAGGUGUUUGAUUAUGCAAUUGAUAGCAAGAGUUUAACAGAUGUAACAGCAUACAUGGCAUUGGAAAACUCACUCAAGUGGCUGAAUAAGGCAAAAGUGUGAAUAAACAGGGAUAUGAUUAUAAGGCUGGAAGGCUAGGGGUGGGUGCUUUGUUUGCUAUCAUAAUUCAAUUUUGUCACAGUUUUGUGGCUUUUGUUCAGACAGACCCCAACUUGAGCUCUAAUGGAAGGUACACAUCUUGCCCCAAUCCAUGUGGUUCCACUUAUCUGUAUCCUUGAUGCAUUAAACACCAAACUUAAUUGCAAAGGACAUGUUACAGACAGUUUAGCAUGCUUGGUAUUUAUUAACCAGGAGAUUACUGCCCUUGUGCUACUCUUUUCAUGCAGGGUGUUGGACACUGUGUGCAGCUUUUUAGCUGGCCCUCUAGGUGUUCUCAUCUUGAGUUAUGUUUAUAUAUAGAGGAUUCUUCAUGGAAUCCAAUUAUUAGUUUUAUGAUCAGAGCUUCUUUAUCCUUCACACAAACAGUAGGAGAGUUUUUUCCAAUCGGUUUCAAUAAGUAGAUUGUUUGGUGCAAAUCAAGCAUAUAACGUCCAAGCCUGUCGUUGGUUAUACAGACAUAUCAGGGAAAUCAGAGGUAGAUGUUCAUUUGAAUUUAUUAUUUUUCAGUGGCAUCAAAUAAUAUACACUGAGACACUGUGCAGAUUUA